AUGAAUAGGCCGAAGGGCGAACGGACUGGAGGGAAGAAAGGGGGGUUGUUCCUAACCUGUGCGGACAUAAACAAAAAUGAGAUGAGAAAAAUAAUAGUUAUUAGUGAUAGGAAGACACAGAGAAGGGUACUCAUAAAAAAACUCAAUAUCCAUUUUAGGAGCAAAGAUGAAAUAGCCAGGAAGGGAAAAAGCAAAAAGGCUCAGUUAGCUAUUGAUGAUUUUUUACCAGCUGGUUUAAAUGGUGAAGUGGUGGAGGCGAAGAAGUUUGAAGAACCCAACGUUGUAAGUUUGGAAGGAGAGAAUUCCCCGUGUGGUGUGCAAAAUGGGGUGACAUCACAGAGUGUUAGAAGUGAGUGUGAUUCUUUCGACGUGUACAGUACGAACAUGAUGAGAAGAAAAAAAAUGAAAAAAAUUGCAAACGAUCUUUUUUAUAACAUCUUGACGUAUUGCAUUAGCAGAGACUUGUCUGUCGUGGAGAUAUCAACUUACCUGUCCAUUAUGAAGUAUAUUUUUUUUAAAUUAGUAAAUGGGGGAGGCCAUGUUGUGGACCUUUUUUCAGAAUUCAAAAAGGUCAUGUUACAUCAUUCAGUUAACAGGUCACCAAGUUGUGUUAAAAUAUUUUCCUACUCCUCUCUGAGGCUUUUAAUGAAGUACGCCUUAAAUACUUUUUUCCGAAAUUUUUUUUUUUAUAAAUUUAUUUUUGUCCCAAUUUAUGAUAUACAUUUUGAGGGUGGAGUUGUUGAUGACUUGGGGAAACUCGAAAUGGAUGAUGAGAAUGGCUUCGAUGAAGAUGCUGUAAUCUGCAGUUUGGACACUCCCUCCGGGGGGGAAUACGUCAGAAGAUUGCUAAACUUGCACGUUGGAGAAAUAAACUUUUUGACAUUCGGAAAGAGUUACGAAGAUGCCUUCACAAGAGAAGUGCAAGACCGUUUUGACAAAUUCGAAAUAGAGAAGGAGUCAGUUACCUUCCAAACAAAUAAGUGUAAGGAAAAUAAAAAUUUAAAGAAGUUGUGCAAGCGAGUGGAAAGCUACGGUGAGGUAGACGGGAAAGGGAAGAAGGGUCAAGAAAAAUGGAGUACAUCUGAGGGGUACUUGAUAGGAAAGGUGAGCAAAAUGAUGGAUAUUUUGUACCGUGACUUGGAGGCUCGAAUAGUGAAGCGGUUGGAUGCCCAUUUGGGGUAA